CGCUUACACACGAUUUUCAUCAAGUGUGCACCCUUUCUCUUGCUCUUUCCUCCCAAUUCGGCACGGCUCUCUUUCUCCCUUUUCCACACACACACUUUUCACACGCAUUUGACAAAAUAAUAAAAACAAUUUCCGAAUUCUAGUGAAAAGUUUUAUACAUUGCCGUCUGAGAAAGGCUAUGCAAAAAGUUUUCAUUUCGUCCGAAACAAUGUCAAAAUAGUAAAUUAAAUAAUUAAUUGUGAAUUAUUUGUCUGUUCUGGUUUAAAAAUAUGUCGAGAAUCGCAAUCAAAACAGAGAAUCUGGAUGAUGAGCAGGAGGAGAUUGGCAUUGAAAGUAGAGCCGCAGAAGAGGAUGGUGUUGGUCGCCAGGAGCAAGAAAAGGGUACUUCGUCAGCCGAACUAAGUAAUUUGGUUACGGCAGGUAAACAGCACAUUGAGGUGGGUCGAAAUGUGAACAUGGCGACGCGCCAGCUACAACAAAUUCAGCCGCAACCUACUUCUUUGUUGAAAAUGACUGGCGGAGGCGCGGGGGGCGGCGGUAGUGGUGCGGGUACGGGUGCGGUUGAUAGUAACAGCCGUCUGGUCAACUCCGGCCAUGAUACCAAUAGCACUAAAAAACCUACAUUACCGAAAUCACGCUGCGGAGAAGUCUUUGUAUCCAAUAAUGCACGCCAGUGGACAUUUAUUUGCACCUAUUGCAACAAAAGCACACGUGACAUCGGCGAAUUUAUAUGCCACAUAAAAAUCAAACAUUUGGGUGGCUUUGCGGAUGAUGGUGGUGAUGAAACAGACGAUGGUGGAGAGUACGAGGGAAAUCAACCAAAUUUCUAUGAGCAGGAUCAAGAUUAUUUGGAUUGCGGCAGCUAUCUGGAUGUGAACGUACACACAGAGUCCGAAGACUACAGUUUAAAUGGCCAAGAUCACUCGUCUUCAUACCGGCAUUUAAGCACUCAUAAUCUAACACAAAGACUACCGGUGAUCGCUGCGGCAGUCUCAAAGCAAGAAGAAGUAAAAAGACAAGCUGAUUUUAACAAAAAAAGGAAACUUAAUAGUGCCGAAGAUGACACUUUGGACGGCGAAAAUGAAUACGCUUUUGGCACUGCUAAAGAAUCUGCCGCACAAUGGCGUGCCGAUCCAGCCAAUUUCCAAUCAUACGCAAAUAAAUACACUUUAAAAACCUCCACCCCAGAUGCUAACAUGAAAAACAAUGCCAUAGCAAAUGGCAGCGCUGCUUUUGACGCUACCGACUACACUUCGAAUAAGGACGAUUUUGAUGCAGCCGGCGCCUAUGAAAACGACGAUGAAGAAGACUUUGAUAAUCAAUUGCUGAUUGCGCCCACUGACUCAUUAGAUGCGAGCAUACUGGGUGCCACCCAAGAUGGUAGUGGCGGUGAAAUGAAAGCUAAGCGUCGCCAAAUACGCGGUACCGCCUACUGUGCCCUGUGCAACAAAACCUUCCAAUACUACUCACUGUAUCGCAAUCAUAUGAUUAAACAUUCUAAUGAAACACCGUUUAAGUGUCCUAUUUGCAAAAAAGGAUUCAAGUCAAAACAGGCCAUACGCUAUCACAUGAAUACACAUCAGAAAGAGAAGCAAUUCAAAUGCACCGUCUGCAGUGCAUCGUAUGGCACUGAGAACCACUUCAUCUCCCAUAUUAUGACUCAUGAAAGCGCAACUGCAUUUCCAUGCAUGGUUUGCGGUCAGGUACUAAGCAGCAGUAAGGAGCGCGAUAUUCAUAUGGCUAACCAUAAGGAGGAGCGACCAUUUCGUUGCGACUACUGCAACAAACUCUUCCGUUUACGCCACCAUUUAUCCAACCAUUUGAAGAUGCACCGCAAAUACCGUUGCGAUUAUUGCAAGGAGAUAUUCACCAGCGCUAUUUACUUGCGUAAACCUUACGCUUGUCCAGGGUGUGAAAGUUCACCCGAUGCGCAGCAAGAUGCAGCAAAUGCUGCAAGUUUAAAAGCUGCACGUCUUGCUGGCAGCAAAAACGUAAACCCAUUGGAAAUUUUCGAAACGGUCAUACCAGGACAACAACAACAUGGUGAUGACUACGCACAGAUGGUAACCGACUCGGAAGGUGAUGGGGAAGUUGAUGAGGAUGAUGAUGAGGGCGAGGACGACGAUGAUGAUGAAAACGAUAAUGAACAACAAGACUCACCUAUGAAUGAAGAUGGCGAUGAAAACGAAGAAAGAUCACUAAAAGACGCUGAGCAAGAAGAUGCGGAUGAUGACGAAGAUGAUGCUGAGGAUGAUGAAGGAGAAUAUGAGGAAGGAGGCGCGGGUGGUAGUGGCGACCGAGCUAUUGGCCAAUAUGGUGGCGGUAUGAAGCGUUAUGUAUGCAAGUAUUGCCCGCGCAGCUAUUCGCACCCAAGCGGGCUAAACUACCACAUAAGGCAUAAACACUGCUAGUAAAAGAGCACAAAUAAGAAGGCAAAUUACAGAUGAAGGAGCUAUAGGGAGGGCAUAUAAUUAUUUAUAAGAGAAGAGAUUUUUUUCCAAUUUAUGCACUGACAAAAACAAAAUAUGUAGUUAUAGAAAAGAAAAGCCGAGCGCAAAAAAUGUUUAAAAUAGCUGAUUGUAUACUAUGUAAGAGAUUUAUUACUUUUAAGCAUAAAUAUUAUAAAUACAUAUAUUCUUUUAAUAUUUCUAUUAUUGUCAGGUGACUACAGACUUAAAAUGCUAGCGCAUGCCGGUACAAAUACAACACAGUCUUUCCUAAUAACAUCUAGUCUAACCUUAAACCAUUAUUUUGUACCCACACAGGUAGAUAUAAACCUUGCAUUACAGUGGACUAUUGUAUGAUACCUCUAAGUUGUGCAAUUGUUAUUAUGGGUAGCAGCGAUUGCAGCUUAUAUACUCAUGUCUGCGUAUGAUAACCGAAAUUUAAUUAGGUAAUUAGUGAAAACAUGUGGGACUCAUUCUAUAGCAUCGUUCUGGUUGUUACCAUGGCAAAAAAAAAUUCGAUUCGUUUAUUAAUGAAAAUGCUGUCGUAAUGCGAUCGUCAUUGCAAAAGUUUUCCCCCAAUGGGCGUGUCUGGCAAUCUGCUUAAUUCACGUCCAUGUAGGAGUGUCACAUACACGAGAUUGUAGCGGCAGCGAUAGCUACGUUAGUAAAUACCAAAGCAUAUAUCUUGGUAAAAAUUAAAUACUCAAAUGUAUGUAUGUAACUUCUGUUUCUUAAAAAAAAAAAUAGCAGAUUUUACUUUCACGUUCCUUGCAUACAACUAUUGGUACCCAAAAAUUUUUUUUUUACAUAUUAACUGAAAUUUAUACACACACGUGUACAUUAUCUUCAUUAUUUUAGGUAUAGUAAACAGUAUUCUUCCGAGUAAGCCAUCACAUCCAUCUUGAAUCCGACCGAAAUGUAUUAGAACUGAUGUUUGUGAAAAUUAAUGAAAA